AUGGAUUAUGAGACAUCUGGAAAGAAUAACCGCACACCAGCAGACGGCAUGGUGUACAUUGAGAGAGCAGAGGAGAAUCUAAAGCAGAAAGGAGUGGUACGAAGACAGUUCCCAGUGAAGCUGGCCUUUGCAUGUACAAUACAUAAGGUACAGGGUAUGACAACCACAUCAGCUGUUGUCUCUCUUAAGAGCAUUUUUGAGCCCGGCAUGGCCUACGUAGCUGUCAGUAGAGUGACGUCUCUCAGUGGACUGUAUCUUCUUGAUAUGGAGGAGAAAAAAAUAUUCACCAACCCAGAAAUCACUGCAGCGCUUGAGAACAUGAGACAAGCCAACCUUGAUGACAUGAUGCCUCUUCUACAUGUGAGACAAACACUGAGCAGGUCAGACGUUUUCACCAUUGUUCAUCAUAACACAGAGGGACUGCCAGCUCACAUUAAUGACAUCAAGAGUCACCAUGAAUUGUGUCUAGCAGAUGUUUUGUGCCUAACAGAAACACACCUGCGGGGCUCUUUUGUCGCAGAGAGUCUCCACUUGGAAAAUUAUAAUUUGUUCAAACGCAACAGACACCUGUCCUACACAAACUUUCCCCAGAUGGCAAACAGAAGUGGUGGUGGUGUUGCUGUUUAUGUGAAAAGUGACAUUCAAGUGCAUGAAAAACAGUACAUCCAUAAUGUAACUGACCUUGAAUUUCUGGCUUUAAAGGUUGAAGCACCAGUCAGUGCACUGAUUGCAGUUGUAUACAGACCUCCAGACUACACUCUGAGGCCAUUCCUGAAAAACCUGGUGUUUCCCUCUGUGAUCCAUCCCCUUCAGAGCUGAGACACUCAGGACUGAACAGACUGCACAGUUUCUGUGACUGAGCCUCCAAAACACCUUCUUUGAAACCACACAUGAUAGAAGGGCUUUAUAUUUGCAGCAGCACUACUACAGGUAUUCAGUUUAUUACAGGAUGUGUUUGUUUCUUAGGACCAGCUCUAAGUGCACACUACCUAACAUAUACACCUUUCUGUUCAUUACAAACCAACUACUCUGGAUCAUAUGGCCAGUUGGGAGGAAUGUUGCUGCAGGAAAACAUCCCUGGA